AUGGCUGGAUCAUGGAAGCGGGCAAGUGCCCUAGAAGAUUGGUCGGACUCCGACCCCAGUGAGGAGGAGGUUUCCGACGGCCAUGACUAUGCCUCCAAUGACGAGGCGAGGCCCAAGGCGGAGGAAUCUUUUGACCUUGGAGUCCAAGAAGGUCUGACCUCCGCGGCCACCGUGACCGCACCGGAGGAAGCAGGGGCAUGUCUCUGGUACCCUCAGGGACACCUGUUUGACCCAUAUGACUUGCGCAACCCACGUUCUGUGAAGUGGAAACCACCCACUCACAUCACAAACUAUUUGGCGCUACGCAUGCGCACACCGCUAAGGAGGGGCACCAAAAACUUUGAGCUAAAUGCCCCCAUCCUAUCGUGCCCGAUGAGGCAUGUAGAACCCCGGAAAUGA